AAACACACUUCACAUUAUUCCCUCAUUAAAAAUAAAAAUUUCUGCACUUACCUCAUCCAAUAAUUCUCGAAUUGAGGAAAUUCCUUCCUUUUAUCCACUUUUGCCUUCAUCAAACUUCCUCAUCGGCUCCCAACAUUGCGUGAAAUAACAAAAACGAACACGUAGAAGCAACGCAAAACAAAAAUCAUCAUCAAAGUAGCAGCAGAGAGACAUUCCAACUUUAUUGCAGUAGAUAUCGCUUUGCCUCCUACAGUGCUUGACGUUUUUUCGGUGUUGUUACAAGAAAUUUACUCAAAGCAUUUAAAAUCCAAGCAAAAAUGGGCUUGAAAGACUGUCAAAUUGUUCUCGACAAUCAAUGGAACACUUACUACGCUGGACAAACCGUCAACGGGCACGUUGAAUUCACAUUCGAUAAGCCCAAAAAAGUUCGAGGCAUCAUCGUAAAAUUCACGGGCGAAGCGCACACGGAAUGGUCCGAAGAGGAAACAAAAAAAGACCAAGAAGGCAAAGAACACACGGAAACGACUGCCUUAUCGGGUCACGAAGAGUAUUUUACCAUCCAAUAUUACCUACUUGGCAGCAAAAAUGCCAAAGAAACGGAAAUCGAAGCUGGCACGCACACCUACCCUUUCACGUGUGCUCUUCCUCCGACUCUGCCAUCCUCAUUCGAGGGCAAAUGGGGUCAUGUUCGUUACACAAUCAAAGUAACACUCGAUCGCCCUUGGAAAUUCGAUCAGGACACAAAAAUGGCCUUUACCGUAAUUACUCCCGUUGACUUGAACAAAACGCCAAAAUGUCAAGAACCCGCAAAACUCGAUUUGGAGAAGACUUUUUGCUGUUUCUGCUGCAAAUCGGGCCCAUUGAACGUCAUUGUGCAUCUGCCAGUUACGGGAUUCGUGAGUGGUCAAGUGAUGCCGAUCACGGCGGAAGUCGAUAAUGCAAGCAACGUCACUGUGGAUGCCUUAAAGCUCUGUUUGCGGAAAAAUAUCAACUUUAUGGUGCAACAACCGCGAAGUGCGCGCAAACGUGAAGUCGAAAAAAUCGACGAACUCACCAUGGGCCCCAUAGAGAAAGGCGGAUCGCGAACAUGGGAACAAAAGAUCGAAGUGCCUGCUUUGCCGCCAAGUAAUUUGGUCAAUUGUGGCAUCAUCGACUUGGAUUACGAGCUUUUCGUUGAAGCACAAGUGAGCGGAUUGCACAAAAAUUUGAGCGGCGUGAUUCCAAUUACCUUGGGAACUGUUCCGUUAUCGAGCUGGAAGCCUCCCGUGCCUUAUACCGACAAACCAGCUGUCAUCGAUAUGCCGGAUCAAGAUCCCUCGAUGUUACCAACGCUUCCUGCGAGUCCUUUGACGCCCGAAAAUCCUCCGCAAGGGGGCGCUAUCGGAUGGGGCGUGCCUGAAGGAAAUAGUUUGUAUCCACAAAUUCCUCCUCCAACCUUCGCUGAAAGUCAAUACAAAGCCAAAAUCCUCGGAAAAAAUGAUUCCGAAUACACACGCACUCAAGAUUAUGCUCCGCGUUAUCCAACGUACUCGUUUACGCCAACAGCACCGCCAAGUAAUUAUUAAAGGACCUUUCUCGAAUAUUGCUCUUAGACGCACACGACGACGAUUCAACAUGAAAAAUAAAGAAAAAAUAACCACAAUUUAUAGCUUUUGUACGUCAAAUUGCUAAAUUUCUCAGUAGUAGAUGAUUCUCCGUAGACAAGUUGCUUCUUCUUCUCUUUAAUCUCCUUAUGAGUACGUUAAGUUUCGCUAAAAUUUAAUAUUUGUUACAAAAAAAAAUGUGUGAUUUUAUGAGAAAAUUGAGUUUUAUUAAUUUAAAUUAUUUUUUGAAAAUGUACAGAAAAUAUUUUUG